CAUAAAUUCUUGCUACCAAAGUUCAUCUGUUUUUAUGUCAUUGUAGCUAUUCAAGUGAACAUGGCAGAGAGCUUUUCCGUUAAGCGAGGCCUUGCUGGAAUGUUUCAUUGGAAAAGUGAUAAAAAGGGAGACGAAACUUCGAAAGAAGAGGUUUCUGAACCAGAAAUUCCUAAAGAAGAAACUCCACAACCAGAAACUUCAAAAUUAGAAAUUCCUGAACAAGAAACUCCCGAACAAGAAACUCUUAAACCAGAGAAGAAGAAGAAUGGACACAGACGACAUCGCUCGCUCGUCACCGCUAGCGAGUUGCCAAUUCCAAGUUCUGGCGAUGAACUAACAGAAGAUGAACAAACGAAAACUCUGGAGGACGAAAAGGAAAAGUCUAAGAGCCGAUUCCGACGUAGUCUGACAUUCAGACGAUCAAAGAAGAAGAAGAAACAACGACAAGAAGAAAAAGAAAAACAGGAGCCUCUGCCGAUAGAGAUCCUUCUAACCCCACCAGUAGUGGACAACCUGAACGCCGAGGAAAUUGUUCCACAGCUAGUCAGUCAAGACGAUGGAAGCCCUGAUGUUGGAGUAGAAGGAGUCAUAGACGCCAUGGACGAAAACAUCGCAGUCCCAGAUGUUUCCACAGAAAUCCAAGAGAUUCAAAGUGUAGUUUCUGACAAAAUCGAACCCGACGGGGACGAAUUAAUGGAAGUGAUCAAGAAAGUUGAGAGUCUCCAGAACCUACAAGACAAGAUUGGCGUGCCCUCAACCGGAACCUACUUAGAAGUGCACGCGAUGUUCAAAGGUCUUGGAUUAAACACCGACAAUUUUCUUCUGGCCAGUUCAAUUUCUUCCCUUCUUCAGUACGAAAUGUCCGUGUGUGCCUAUGGUUUUGGCCUUGUAAAACUAGACGUUCUUUGGAAUUCCCUGCUGAAUCGUGCGCAACAAGCAAAAGAAGCCACAAGACAAGUUCUGGUGUAUUUCAUUAGGCCUUUGAUCAAGAAAUACCCCCACUACUUCAUAACUGCGAUUAAACAACGAAAAAUGAUCGAAAAGGCUCAAAAGAAGAUCGAAGCGGCAAAACCGAUUGAAGAGACACUGUUGUGAGCAGUAACAAACUUUGAAGAGGGCAGUUUGCGUAGCUCACUUGAAUUACAAGAAUCUGACAUAUGAACUGCCAUCACGAGCUUAAAAAAAAACGUUUGAGGAUUGUGGACAUGAUCAAAGAACGAUGGCUAUUUUUUUUUUAUUCUAUUUUCAUUUCAACCGCUCAAGAACCUUACUGCUGCCUUUUUUACAUAUCACAUUUUAAAAUAAGCUGGUCGUUUUGAAGCUGUUUUAACAUUUUCCUCAUUACGUAACUGAUCAAGUCACCAUGCUAUCAUGAGUUCCCUUUAACUCUAAAGAAAUCAAAUCAAGUUAUAUAACUGAAAAAUCCUCGGCAUUGACUGUGCGGCGCAUGAUGGACCCACCGCUUUGCAUUUUAACAGUUUUCAGUUCUUUGGCAUUGCCUUAGAAAUCUAUCUUUUCGAAAUAGUUUAUUUCGAAAAAAAAAAUAAUCGUAUCGCUGAAACGUUUUGUUAAGAUUUCAGAAAAUAUGAAUUAUUUCAUUCAACACUGUGAUCAGAAGAAAUACGCAUAGCCGAUGCAAUUUGUUCAGUUCGGAGUUUCUAAGCUCCAGGAGGAUAUUGCGAGCGAGAGUUUUUUUUUUUAUUAAUUUUUUUAAAGUCAUUUCACUAUCAUGAUUUCUCCAAAUUUUGUAACGCUCCAAAUAUUCGGAACUUUAGAAAAUGUUUAGGGUUGUAAAGAAACGUAGAUGGUUUAAUUUGAGAAGAGUUCAAAUGGGUUUAGUUUUAAAAGCAUCGUUUGAACAAAAAUAUUUUGGUGAAAAAAAGGCGAUUUAAAUUUAUAGUUCGUUCCGUCUUUUUAUUAUGUACCAGAUUUAGGGAACCAGCAAAAAUAUUUAUUUUAUAGAUUUCAAAAUGCAUUUUUAUUCUUUUGAUUUCGAGGGAAGGCUGGUUUAUCUGUAAAAAAAAAUAACAAGAUAUUAAACGAAUAUCAAAACAAAUGCCUUUAAGUCUGUGCGAGUCUGAGAUUUCUUAAACAGGAAAAAUUGGGCCUGUGGAGUUUUGGACGUUUUCGCUCGAGAGUACUUGACGGAACGUGUCCUCACUUCAUUGUUUAAGCAGAGCUUUAUGAAAGAGAUGUCAGAAAAUCAUCGUAGCCCUUGAGGGGAUCAGCUACCACGCUGUUUUUUUAACCACUGAAAAAAAAAACAAAUCCUUUUUACCAAAUUCAAGAUAGCUAUAAUUGUAGAUUAAUUUGAAUGUCCUGCUUUCCGUUAGCUUAAGCUUUUUUUCUUCACUCGCAUUGUUGAAGCUGUUUAGCUAUGGCACAUAAAAUUCAGUUUACUCUUUUA